AUGUCUGGACAAUCAGAGACCUUUGGUUUCCAAGCCGAGAUUUCUCAACUUCUCGACUUGAUCAUCAACACUUUCUACUCAAACAAAGAAAUCUUCCUUCGAGAAUUGAUUUCCAACUGUUCCGAUGCUCUCGAUAAAAUCAGAUAUGCCGCUCUCACAGACCCUUCUCAACUCGACUCUGAGAAAGACCUCUACAUCCGGAUCAUUCCCAACAAGGAGGAAGGUACUCUCACAAUCCGAGAUACCGGUAUCGGUAUGACCAAGGCCGAUCUCGUCAACAACCUUGGUACGAUCGCCAAAUCCGGUACCAAGGCUUUCAUGGAAGCUCUCUCUUCCGGUGCUGAUAUCAGUAUGAUUGGUCAAUUCGGCGUCGGUUUCUACUCUUCAUACCUUGUCGCCGAAAAGGUCCAAGUCACCACCAAACACAACGAUGACGAACAAUACAUUUGGGAGUCUGCCGCCGGUGGUACCUUCACCAUCACUGAAGAUGUUGAUGGACCACGACUUGGUCGAGGUACCUCGAUGAAACUCUUCAUCAAGGAAGACCUCAAGGAAUACCUCGAAGAAAAGAGAAUCCGAGAGAUCGUUAAGAAACACUCCGAAUUCAUCUCUUACCCUAUCCAACUUGUCGUUACCAAGGAGACCGAGAAGGAAGUUGAGGAUGAGGAAGAAGUCAAGGAGGGUGAGAACAAGAUUGAGGAAGUUGAGGACGAAGACUCCGCCAAGAAGACUAAGAAGACCAAGAAGGUAAAGGAAACUACCACCGAGAACGAGGAGUUGAACAAGCAAAAACCUAUCUGGACCAGAAACCCCUCCGAAGUUACCCAAGAGGAAUACGCCAGUUUCUACAAGUCCAUCUCCAAUGAUUGGGAGGACCACCUCGCCGUCAAGCACUUCUCCGUUGAAGGUCAACUUGAAUUCAAGGCUAUGCUCUUCAUUCCCAAGCGAGCUCCCUUCGACCUCUUCGAAACCAAAAAGAAGAGACACAACAUCAAACUAUACGUCAGAAGAGUUUUCAUCUCUGAGGACAAUGAGGACCUCAUCCCUGAAUACCUCAACUUCAUGGUUGGUCUUGUCGACUCUGAAGAUCUCCCUCUUAACAUCUCUCGAGAGACUCUUCAACAAAACAAGAUUCUCAAGGUUAUCCGAAAGAACCUCGUAAAGAAAGCUCUUGAGCUCAUCUCUGAAGUUGCUGAGGACAAGGAGAACUUUGACAAAUUCUACACCGCCUUCUCCAAGAACCUCAAACUCGGUAUCCACGAAGAUGCUACCAACCGAAGCAAGAUCGCCGAAUUCCUCCGAUUCCACUCCACCAAAUCCGUCGAUGAGAUGACCUCCUUCAAGGAUUACAUCACUCGAAUGCCCGAGGUUCAAAAAUCCCUCGAUGCCGUCAAGGACUCGCCUUUCCUCGAAGUCCUCAAGAAGAAAGGUUUCGAGGUCUUGCUCCUUGUUGACCCCAUCGACGAAUACGCCGUCACCCAACUCAAGGAGUUUGAUGGUAAGAAACUCGUUUGUGUCUCCAAAGAAGGUCUUGAACUUGAAGAGACCCCUGAGGAGAAGGAGGCUAGGGAGAAGGAAGCUAAGGAAUUUGAAGGUCUCUGUUCCGCCAUCAAGGAGAGCCUCGGGGACAAGGUCGAGAAAGUCAUCGUCUCCAACAGAAUCACCGAUUCCCCGUGUGUUCUCGUUACUGGUCAAUUCGGUUGGUCCUCUAACAUGGAGAGAAUCAUGAAAGCUCAAGCUCUCCGAGACUCUUCUAUGUCCUCUUACAUGGCCAGUAAGAAGACCAUGGAGUUGAACCCCACCCACCCAAUCAUCAAGGAGCUGAAGUCACGAGUCGCCGAAGAUAAAUCCGACAAGACCGUUCGAGAUCUUACCUACUUGCUCUUCGAGACUGCUCUCCUUACUUCCGGUUUCACUCUCACCGCUCCUCAAGACUUUGCUCAACGAAUCAACCGAAUGAUCGCUCUUGGUCUUUCCAUCGACGCUGACGCUGAGCCUGCUCCUGCCGCCUCGGCCGAAGCUGAUGCUCCUGCUCUCGAGGAAGCCGCCGGUUCUAUGGAGGAAGUUGAUUAA